AUGCUCGGCAAUGUAGCUGUUGGAGAGUUAGGCAAAGCAACUGAUACUCUUGACGUCACAGGAAAUGUUGUUGAAGAAAAGAGUUAUGAUCACAUCACAAAAGAGGCUUUUGAGGAGAAGCUGAAGCAGUUUACGGGUGAAAUUAUGCAGGUUCCACCUCUAUAUUCAGCACUGAAGAAGGAUGGCAAGCGCAUGUCUGUCCUGCUCAAGCAAGGUCAAGAGGUUGAGGCUAAACCUGCACGUCCAGUCACAGUCUACAGUCUCUCUUUACAAGACUUCAGCCCGCCAUAUUUCACCAUAGAUGUUGAGUGUGGAGCUCAAUCAUCCUGUGCUCACAUCAAGGAACUCACUCGGACCAAGCAGGGUCAGUUCACACUGGAAGAGCAUGCAUUGAAGGAGGAUCGCUGGACUUUGACAGACAUCUCACAGGCUCUGCAGCCUUGCCCAAAUCCACCAGGGCAACAGAAGAAUGCCAAGAAAGCAAAAUCAAAGCAUAAACCCACCCCAUCUAAAUCUAAGGGUGACGAUGGAGAUACAAAUGAUUAAAGGUGAUGGAACGGCCCGUCUGAUGAACAAAUUACAUUCUCACUGGAAGAACUGUAGGAAAUUGCCUAGUCCACUCUGAUUUGAUCUGGCCUCUAUUACCAUUUAUUUAUAUCCAUCUUCAUGGCUAAGUGAGGAUAAAGCUAGUGGCAUCUGUAUGUUCAAGCUGAUAGAAUUUACUAUAGUGUGCAAAAACAAAUUCAGUUAUCAAAGCAACUUUUUAUAAUUAUUAUUUCAAUUUAAUAACCACUUGACUGUAGUUCUUAUGUUGCCAAGAGAAAUAAAACAUAAUUAUUUUGAUUUUAGAUUGAAACAGAUUGUGUUAUGCUAAAACUGCAGUGUUAUUGUGGUGACAAAACAUGACUUGGCACUGUUAUUAUUUGUGUAAGCCCAAAAGUGCUGUAGGUAGUGGGCAUUUCAUUUUUUUUUUUUUUGUUACACAUUGACAAGCUAUUAAAGUUGAUAAUAGAUCAUUAAUGCAUCUGAAUUCACUUAAUGAAAAAGGAACGAAUAUGCUUGAAAAUGCAGUUAUUUUGGUUUGUUAAUAAAUACCUGUGUCAUUUAAUUUCUAUGCUCCAGAUCCAGUCUUCUACGUGUUAUUUACAUGUUUGGUACAAACUUUAAAAACUGAAACUAGAAGCAAUACGUGACAUGGGAUUAUUGCAGUAGUAAUGUAUUGGAAAAUAGCA